ACUUCUCACGUUCUCAGACCAGCCUCCAUAGACCAUAUUCCCCACUUUUCAUUCUCCUCAAUUGUCUCCUUCCCCUUCUCUCUCUUUAGGCCUAUUAGGGCAAAGUCAAUUUCCUGAAGUUGAAGAUGGGCAAACCAAUAAUUUAAGGUAAAUUAUUAUUAAUAAUAUUAUUUCUAUAGUUUGAAAAAAAUAGAAAUUAAGGAGAGAAAAAAAGAAAAAGAAAAUGAAAGAGUUAGGAGACAUUAUUCCUCAGCAAUGGACAUCACCUUGCGGCAGCCAAUGCACCCACAAAUUUGCUGCUCUUACCCAAAUUCCCUGGAGAGUAUUCUGCAAAAAGGGAUGUGAUGCUGAUGGUGACACGUGGGAUGAAUGUGUGAGUGAAUGUGAUCAGAUAUGCUACAAGGACCCAGUAUUAAAAGACCAGAAGUGGAGUGCUUAUAUUGAUCGUUCUCCUGGAGAUGCUGGUUACUCUGAGGAAUGUUUUCAUGCUUGUGUUGCUGGAUGUGGCUACAAGUUUGAGAUGCCUGCUAAGAAGGUCGAAGAGUGCCACCCAAACAGGCCAUCUAAACCUCCUGCUGCACCAAAACCGGCGAAAAUUGUUGCACCACAAGCACCUAUUGAGGAUGAUGUGCCUACCACUUCUGCUUGACCUCAUUUCAACUUCCAAGUCAUGCAUACAGUUAUCUCAUUUGGGUAAUUUAGGUGUAGAAAACUUCAUCUAAUUAGGCAGCCAUUGGCCCAUCCGAUUUCGAUUUACUGUUUUUCGGUUGGGCAUUUUCCGUAAUUAAUUCCUUUUCUUCCCAUGUCUUACUUUUUUUCUAAAUGGGGGAAGAAGGAGGCCCUUUCCUCGGAUUCGGCCAGCUGCAGCAGGUUCAUAGAUCCAUCAGCUGGUUAAAAUUUCUUUGAACGGGAAUUUUUCAUUAACAGUAACUCUCAAGACAGGUAGCAUCAUACCUAGAUUCUUAGCUGAAGUGUAACUUCUGAAAGAUGGAAAUUGGACUGUGAAAUGCUUACAAAUGAAAAGAAACUGUGGAUUUUGUGCGAUA